CGACAGCUGACACACGCGCCCAUGGUAGUGUCCACAGAGCGAAGCCGUACCACUCACCGGACAAAGAACACCCCAGAAAAGAAGCUUUCCUAGGAAAAAGGACACCUUCUGGGGAGAAAUUAAAGCAUCCAGGGAAAAACUGCCCACUUACGUGGUCGUGAAGUCUUGACCUUGCCGGAGGAGCUGCGGCUGCACUUCCCAAAAUGGCAGAGAAGUUGUGGCGCCUCCCCACUGCUGGAACUUUCUAGAAACUUGCUCUCUGGGAGUUAUGGGAAGUGUGCCCCGGAUGCCUGUGAGUGAUGCUCAUUGGGAGGCGUCCCACCAGAAGCACCAAUCUGCCUUCGGUAUCGGCAGUACGGUGGACAUAGGCAGAGGAACGCGGAACCUCACACAGCGGAAUCAAAGGAUGCCGGUUUCUCCACUUCAAACGAGUCAGCCAACUCCACCUGGAAAACGUCACACUGUUGGCUCUGUGCUUACAAAUGAUGGCCAGCAAAUGAGGAGGGACAAAGUAAAUCAGGCUGCAAGAAGGCAUCGAAGGAAAAGGAGACGUUCCAGAAAAUCCAAGAGACGCUAUUAUUCUACGACAAGGCAGGAUGCUAGCAUCACUCACAAUGUCUGUGAAGAAAAGGUUAAAAAUGGCCAACCAACACCCGAUAAUGUCUUUCCAACUGUUCCAUCAGCGCUUAUUAAUAUUACAGCAGCUGGUAUUUCAUCCCUGGGUUUCGGUGAUCAGUAUGCUGCGGUGACUCACAACAUCCAUGAAGAGAAGAUGAAUAACGGCCAACCAGCACCUCAUACCGUGUUUUCAACUGCUCCACCAGGUCUUGGUAAUUUGGCAGCCCCUAGAAUUUCAUCCACGAGGACCAGAGAUCUGUAUGCUACUGUCACUCAAAAUGUCCAUGAACAGAAGAUGGAAAAUGGCCAACCCCAAACUGAUAAAGUCUUGUCAACUGUUCCACUAUGCCUUGGUCAUAUGACUGCAGCUGGUAUUCCAUCCAUGAGUAUCAGGGAUCUGUAUGCUACCGUCACUCACAAUAUCAAUGAAGAGAGAAGGAAAAAUGGCCAGCCCCAACCUGACGCUACCAUCACUCACAGCGUCCAUGAACAGAAGAUGGAAUAUGUCCUACCAGCACCUGACAACGUGUUGUUGACACUUCAGCCAGGACUUAUUAAUAUGGCAGGCGCUGGUAUUUCAUCCAUGAGUACCAGGGAUUUGGAUGCUACCGAAAUUUAUAAUGUCCUUAAGGAGAAGAUGGAAAAGGGCGAACCCCAACAUGGCAACAUCUCAUCAACUGCUCCAAUAGGACUUACUAAUGUGGCAGGAGCUGCUAUUCCAGCCACGAGUACUGAUGGUCUGUAUGCCACCGUCAGUCACAAUGUCCAUGAACAGAGGAUGGAAAAUGACCAACCACAACAGGAUAACGUCUGGCCAAAUAUUCUAGCAUGGUUUAAUAAUAUGGCAGGAGCUGGUAUUCCAGCAAUGAGUACCAGGGAUCUGUAUGGUACCAUCUCUCACAAUGUACAUGAAGAGAAGAUGGAAAAUGGCCCAUCCCAAACUGGUUUUACCAUUGCUCAAAAUGUCUGUGAAGAAAAGAUAAAAAGUGACAAAACAACACCUCAUGAAUUCUUGUCAACUAUUACAGCAGGGCUUAGGAACUUCACAGAAGCAGAUGCUGCAGUCACUCACAAUAUCCCUGAAGCAAAGGUAAAUAAUGGCCAACUAGCACCUCACAACGUCUCGUCAGCUGCUCCAGCAGGUCUUGGUAAUAUGGCGGCAGCUGGAAUUUCAUCCACGAGGACCACAGGUGCUACUGUCACUCAAAAUGUCCACAAAGAGAAGAUGAGAAAUACACAACCAACACCUAAUAACGUCUUAUCAACUGUUCUACCAGAACAUCUUUAUUUGGCAACAGCUGGUCUCCCAGCCAUGAGCACCAGGGGUCAGUAUUCUACCAUCACUCACAAUGUCCAUGAGGAGAUUAAAAAUGCCCAAACGGCACCCAAUAAUGUCUUCUCAGGUAUUCCACCAGCACGUGUUAAUAUGGCAGCAGCGGGUGUUUCUUCUAUGAGUACCAGGAAUCAGUAUGCUGCAGUCACUCAUGCAAUCCUUGAAGAGAAGAUAAAUAACGGCCAAUCAGCACCUGAUAACCUCUUGUCAACUGCUCCACCAGGUCUUGCUAAUAUGGCAGCAGCUGGACUUUCAUCUACGAGGACCGGAGAUCUGUAUGCUACCAUCACUCAAAAUGUCUGCAAAGAGAAGAUGGAAAAUAACCAACCAACACUUAAUAACGCCUUGUCAACUGUUCUCCAAGGACUUCCUUAUUUGGCAACAGCUGGUCUCCCAGCGAUGAGCACCAGGGAUCAGUAUGGUAUGAUCUUUCACAAUGUUUGUGAGAAGAAGAUUAAAAAUGCCCAAGCAGUACCCGAUAAAAGCUUCCCAGCUAGCUUCCCAGCUAGUUCCCCAGCACUUAUUAAUAUGGCAGCAACUGUUGUGUCAUCCUUGAGCAACAGGGAUCAGUGUACCUUUGAGCAAUUGGUUUAG